AGUAUACACCCGGAGUAUACAUAUGGCAUAAUGCACAUUGAGUGUCGCAGCACGUUGAUUUGUCGUAUAAUAUAUGCCAUGCCAGUGCAUAUAACCAGGUCCAUGAUAUAACCAUGGAGCUAUAGCUCUAUGAUAUAACCAUGGAGCUAACUCUAUGAUAUAACCUAUAAAAUGCAACGGACGUGUGUACAUACUUAAUCAUGUUGCGCUGUCAGUUUGUGAUUGAUCUCGUUGUGCCCAUGUAGUGUCUUAUCUUUGAUGAAAGUACGGAUUAAAGAUGUCUGGCUCCAUAAAGUAUCACAUACCUGUCUCAUCAAGAGCUCAUCCCUCUAUACGAGAAUGUAUACUGAACAAAUGGGGAUGUGUGGUGGUUGUUGCAACUAUGUUUUAUAAUUUCUUGCUGAAUGGACUCUUGUUUAACUACAAUCUACUGUUUGUCGCAUUUCAGGAAGAAUUUGAAAGCAGCGCCACAUUAACAGGUUGGAUUGGCUCUCUCCCUCUCGGUAUCUCCCUCAUGGUCGCCCCGUUCAUCAAACUAGCGUCGGAAAGAUUCGGCUAUAGAUCGGUUUCAAUCGCUGGCGUUGUUUCGACUUCGGCGGGCGUUUUAGUGACGUCAUUCUUGCCUCGUCUCCUACCGAUGUUUGGAACUUUUGGUGUUAUGAAUGGAAUAGGAGCAGGACUUUUCACAGUUUGUGCUUUUGAUCUGAUAGUCUUGUAUUUUCCUGAGAGGAAUACAAUGACAGCUGUGGCAUUAGCCUCUACAGGUUCUACAGCAGGAAUGCUGGUCUUCUCGCAAGUUAUGGCUCUCCUCAUAACAAGGUUUGGUUGGAGGGUCACACUACGGAUCAUGGCAGCACUUCAUUUUGGCAUUGGUCUUCCCAGUGUCCUAACGUUUACUGUCCCCAAAUGUCCCCGCAGUAAGAAAGAAAAUAAUAACACAUUUAUGAAACUCGAACCAACGGGUGAAGCCUCUUCCAGUGAUAAACCACUAUUACAUGAAAAAUCUAGAGAAGAAAAUGUAAAUUCUCCGGACAAGACAAGUGACGCAUGUCAAGGAGACGGCAGAGAAUUGGCGACCGACGUCGAAGUUUGUGGUAGGGUCCAUGGUAGAACAGAGGAAAUAAGACUCCACGACGAUGGAGUUGAGGGAUGUUUCCUGACCGAUGAACAAACGUCUGGUCGUGGUUCGAAGAAUUCUGAAGAUAGUGAAGAAAACCCAGAGAUGGAUAGGUAUGCUUUGUCUCAAAGUGCUUCUACCACACCCAAGAUAGUGGAAAUGAUACCCACAAUCAACUCUUCUAAUAGGAACACCCUCACACAAGAUACAUGGGAUAAGAUGCCCGAGCUACAGAAUGAUUACACCGUGACAUCGAUGGUCGAUUGUAAUGAUGACUGUGACGAGAAUGAAAUUUCUCCUUUCACAGUGAAAAAUAAUGAUGGCAUAAAGACUCUAUCAGAGUUAACCAAAGAUCAGGAUCGGAGCAUGCUUUGGAGGAUUGGAAAGGCUUUGACCUUCCCUGACCUAUGGAUGGCUUCUCUUUCAUAUAUCCUAAAUGGAAUAGGAAGUUGUUUCUUCUAUGUCAAUGUGAUCAGUUACUUGAUGUCUGUUGGGUUUGAUGAACAGAUAGGGGUGCAGUUUGUAUCUUUCAUGGCCUUGUCUAGUCUUGUAGGUAAAGUUUUGUUGGUCGUGAUUGGAGAGUAUGUACCAUUCCCGAGAAUCUACCUGCAGGUCAUCUCUAAUCUCAUCUCUAUCAUCGCCCUAAUCUCGUUUAUGUUUGUAACGAGUGUUAUACCUCUAAUGUGCAUCGCAAUAGCUGUUGGAAUAGCCAUAGCGAUUGAUAACGUGGUCGUUUUCAGUCUUGCCCCUGAUCUAUUUGGAAAAGAGAAGGCAUUGGAAACAUCCGCAGUACUGUACCUCUGCUACGGCUCCGGAUUCCUACUUGGGUCUCUUGUUGGUCAGAGCAUCGAUCAAACAGGUUCGUAUGGGAGCGCCCUACUUGCUUUCGUCGGUAUAUUUGCUACAUCUGGGGUCCUGCUACUGCUUACGCCUCUCUAUCAACGUUACUUCGCACCCGAGCGAUUUGUUACCUUCAAGAUUCACCGGCGAAAGAUGGAGGCAAGAAAGAAGAGGAGUGCAUCCACCAAAGGUGAUAACAAAAACAAACAAAAUCUCGAGAAAGAAAAAAGCACUCUAGAUCUCUUACCUUAUAAGCCGAUACCGCGAACAUCAUGAUCAUCCACUAUGUAUUCCACGAUAUUCACUUGAUUCUCUAGGCCUACAGCUUGUGUAGCGCUGUCGAUUUCAUAUGGGCAGAGUUAUAGGACAUAAGAUUUGAGUACCUAAAUGAUGCAUAAAACCUUAAGGACCGAAGCCUCCUGACUGUCUGAGAAAAUAGACUAUUUAACGAUUCCGUCAAGGCUGGCAACUUUCAUAAACUGUCCCCGCGGGUUGUCGAUCGUAUGUAAAACUCCUCACAAAAAGUUUGGAAAUCUGACUUUGAUCGAUAAUCCCUCCUCGGUUUUAGUGAAUAUCAAGGUGUAAUUGAUACCACGAAUAGAGCAUUUAAUAAUGAUACCCUACAUGUACAUGGUAUGAUUAUGGUUCACAUCGAGGUGCAGUACCUUGAAAUGUGGGGCAAGGUCAAAAUUCAAAAGUUGCAAAAUUACACAAUAUUGAAAGUCACUGUUCUUUUUUUCCUUGGUGAUGAGUGAGUUUCUCCGCGGUUUCUUUUGUUUUCAUGCACCUAAACAUCAAAAUUAACAUGGAAUCAAACACCCCUCUGCACAAGCAAACACAUAACAAACAAACAUGCAUGGGUAUUUCAAACCACGACUCAAAACAUGUUCUCACAGAACCAUCACUACAUAAACCACAACAAAGCAUCAAAAAUGAAGAAGUAGGGGUCUCUAUUGACAAAAGAAUCAUGUUCUGUUUUGACCCUUCAUGACUAUUUCUGCUCGUUUUGCAGCUUUUCAAUUCAGACCUCAUCCAACACUUUUAUAUCCUGCUCUUUUAGUGAUGGCAUGAUCAUAACAAGUAUGGUAUCAUUUUAAAGAGAAUUAAAUGAUCUUUAGAAUGAUACCAAAUAUGCAUUGGGUAAAAUUGGGAAUUGGGAGAAAUUAAAGGCCAAACUCAGAUUUCCAAAAUGUUUUGAGGGGUUUAUGAAAUUCUUAAUUAUUCAUAAGAUUAGUCCUCUGUGCCUCCCUCAUAAUCAUGGACCUAGGUCCAAUUAAGCAUCCAUUCAUGCAGCCUGCAUGCAUGGGUACUGAAUGAUGCAGCACGGAAUGAACUCGGAAUGCUCUCAUGGAAUCUUAUAACCGGAAUAUGAUCAUGUAAUCUUGUGAGAUAUUUUAUAAUGUAGAUGUUCUCGAAACUCAUGUCUUCCGCAAUUGAACUAUCCGCCCUUUCACACGGUAAAUAAAUCGUAAUUUGAAUGAUGAUUCCAGUGAAAAAUAAGGCUCGAAUUUUUAGCAGAUGUGAAACCAAACUAGAACAUGAUUAGAAUCACGAACGCUAAUCAAUAUUACGAAUUCAAAUUCUACUCCGGAGGUGAAUUCCUAUAAAGUUUCACUCAAAUUACGGUACGAAUUUUGCGCGUGAAAGGCUUGACCUCCAAAAUAACUUUUGGGGGCGGAGCUUACGUGAACUUUCAAGCAAUUCCGUAAAUAAUACAAUUGUCAUGCACCCAUCGUAGUUUGCAUUUGCGAUGCAGUGCUCUGAUUGACAAGUCACCAAAGAUACAUACCGCCUUCGCUCGGGAAUUCGAACUCAAAUCAUAGUUUUCGAGUGAGCGUGUGAAAGGUCCGAUGAUUCUAAAGACGAAUUGCAAUUAUCAUUACAAUGAUGAUUCAAGAUUCACGUGUGAAAAGGCCCUAAAUUUAAUCCAAAUAUGUUUUGAUUUCAUUACAUUGAUUUGACCUCACCUCGCCUACCGCCUUACAAUUAAAACUCAUUCACAAAUAUUGUAUAAUACUUUAUAAAGGCAAUGAAUUCGGAACAGAUUUUUGCAAUGUACUUUAAUAGCCAUACAAACAGGUUAUUCCUGGCUGUAAAUAUUUGAAAUGCUGUGUUCUCAAUCUUAUAUAUACUUAUGUGUUUAUGUAUCAUAUUAUUCUUAUUAUUUGCUCGAUAUUUUAAAAGAUGUUUUUCAACACAAACUCAUAUUUAUCAACAGAUAUUCACCAAUUUCUUCUCAAAACUAAAACCACUCAAAACUGUGUGCGUUGCAGGGGAACUAAUUAUUAAAGGCCCGGUCCCACUUUACUUACGGAUGCAAAGAGGAUGUAAAACGGAAACAAACCGUGCCAUCAGUUGGAAAACGCUAUGCAUCCGUUGUGUACUCAUUGCAUAUGUGCUUUAUAUACGCUAUAUCCAUUGAUCGUACGUCCACUGUGAUUUCAUCCGCUCAACAAGUUUUGAGCUGCACAAAACUUUAGAACGAAUGAACUUUCCGCUUGGUACGAUGUAAAUCCGCAACAUAUAAACGAGCAACAAACGUUGUAGGUUCGUUAUCCUCCGUUAAACGUCCACUGCAUCCUCUCUGCAUCCUCUGUGGCAUCCUUGCAACUCACAUCCACUGAAGCUAAAUAAUAUUGGUGUGAAGUAUCGAGGCCGGGGGGGGGCAAGAUGCCACAUCCGGUGCUUUUAGAGUUAGGGGAAAUGUUCUUGAACUGAACUAUAUACUCACUUCAGUUACUCAUACUAUUAUACCUAAUAAAAUUAUAUUUUCUAGUGAUCUGCUAAAUUUAAAUCAAUUACAUGCACUUUUUAUGAGAACAUUCACACUUGUUAAUAAAUACGUCAAGUUCAAACAGAGUAAUUAAGUUACAACAUAGAAUUCAUCACAGGAAUUUUGAGUGUUUUACUUUCUCAUAGAGCUAUACUCAGAGGCCCGUAUUCUGAAGUCAGGUUUAACUCAGACCACGGUCUAACUCUGUGCUAAAAUUAUAGGCAGCCAAAAAAUAAAAAAUAUGUUUAUAUUAUAU